AUGGAAAUUGAUCUACCGCUUUUUGAUAAUGUCUACAACCCAAGGUCGGGGCUCCGGCUGGCGGCUUCGGUGCCAACCGCUGCUAGCAUGGACGGCGCAUCUGAUAACGAUCAAUGGCUGGUCUGCAUUCUAGCUGCAGAGACCGUAUUUAAGCUAACAAAAGCCGCUGCCUCACUGCUGUAG